AUGGAUGCGAACACGGCAAAGGAGGGUGAUGCAACUCAAACCCGUCACAAUGAAGAUGUCUUUGGCGACGAAAAGUCCAGACCAAACAGUGAGGUGAAUCUUGUGUACAAUGACAUCGAAGAGGAGCCUGAAAUUCAUUUUCGGACGUAUGUUGCCGUUGCGGCUAUGCUUAUUUUGAACUAUGUUCAGAUCAUUGCCCUUCAAGGACCUCCUGUUGUUUUGGAGAACAUUGGAGAGAGUCUACAUAAUACUGCCGCGCAGACUUGGGUUCCGAAUGCCUUGGCACUGGUUCAGGCGGUGCUGGCGCCAAUCAUCUCAUCAGCAUCUGAUACUUUCCAGGCACGCAAGCUCAUCAUGAUUGUGUGUUGUAUCGUCUCAUUUAUCGGAUCGGCAAUUGCUCCUGGCUCUCAGAGCAUUUAUCGACUUAUUGUUGCGCAAGUCCUGAUUGGAUUUGGGUUUUCGUCAACGGCCCUGGCAUACUGCGUGCCGAGCGAAAUCUUGCCCAAGAAAUGGAGACCCAUGGUGCAGUCGAUAAUCAACAUUGCAGCAGCUCUCGGCGCAUGUUCAGGUCCUUUGAUCAUCGGGGCUCUCUCUCGCAGUGACCCAAUGAAUGGGUGGCGUAACUACUACUGGAUGCAAAUGGCCAUGUGGGGAGCAACAGCGGUUUUCAUCUUCAUCGGCUACAGACCCCGAAAACGACACACCAUCUACGACGACAUGUCCCUCGCGCAAAAGAUAACUGCCCUCGACUUGAUCGGCUUAGGACUGUUUGCGUCCGGCCUGACUUUGUUUCUAGUUGGACUCAAUCUCGGUGGUGGCCUAUUUACAUGGACCAACAGCAAAGUCCUCGCAACUCUAAUCGUGGGAAUCGUCACGCUUCUCGCCUUCAUCGUCUACGAGUGGAAAGGCACCAAAGUUGGAAUCGCUCACCACGACCUGUUCCGCAAAGGCGUCAGCGCUGGCCUCACAUUCUCCAUCUUCCUUGCCCUUGUGUUUAUCGAAGGCAUUAUGUUGUUCUCUUUUGUCAUCUUCUACCCCGUCUUAACGACGUCGCUAUUCGAACAAGAUCCAUUGCUUCUAGCAACUCGUGCUCAGCCCUUCUGGCUUGGAGGCGGAGCUUCAACCGUCCUCUGGGGAUACUGGAGUGUAAAGUCAAGGUCUAUCCGCGCUCCUCUCUUCGCAGGCUUCCUCAUCUUCACGGGAGGUAUCGUCGGGUUCACCACAAUCCAGCCAGACGACUCGCUGAGUGCCUGUAUAUUCGCCGGCGUAGCUGGAAUUGGCUUUGGCGCUCCUUUGAUUCUGAUUAUUGCCGGCAUACAACUUGCGACGCCUCAUGCUCUCAUUGCCACAGCUACAGCUCUCGCCAUCACCAGUCGUGCCGUAUCGACUGCAGUCUUUACCGCAAUCUUCAGCGCCGCCCUUACCGAACGCCUGGAACCAAACAUCAUCAGUUAUGUUUCAUCGGCUGCACUGAAAGCCGGGCUGCCUGUGGCUUCUGUGAAGGCGUUUGUUGAGGCUCUAGCUACAAAGAAUGCGGCUGCCCUUCCGCACAUUCAGGGCGUGACUCCUCAAAUCAUUGCAGCCGGUAUUUCGGCUUUAAAACAGGCAUUUGCGGAUAGUAUUCGUGUGGUGUUUAUUAUAGCAGCUCCGUUUGGAGCUCUGGCCUGUCUGCUGUGCUGGUUCCUGGACGACCAGAGCAAGGAGAUGAACUAUAGGGUCGAUGCGCCGGUUGAGGAUCUGCACGCGCGUCCUAGACCGCGAGAUAUUGUUACACAGGUGUAG